AUGAAACUUACGACCGCUGUGCCAACAGGCGUGCUGCUGCAUAUCCCUGCGACACUGUCCUACUACCACUCUCCAUCAGCAGAUGCAGCACCAACCGCUAAUAUCGACAGCCUCUUCCGGUACACCAACUCCAGAAAUCAGAAGGUAAUUUCGCAAGCCGUCGACUUUGUCGUUUCGAUGCAGACAGCACCAGCGUGCACACGCAUGGCCGCCUCACACCUCAUGAAUGAAUGCAAACUGCUCGAACACGCCCCAGACUUCGCCAAGAACCGACCGCAAGCGUACCUCGAUAACGUCAAGACUGAGUAUGCAGCCAAGCUUGCGGUCUGCGAGUUGCUCAGUGCCCAGCCUCCCAACAAUGCCAUACCACCGCUACACUGUGACAUUCUUGUCCCUUCAAGUCGAGCCUGCAACAAGGGUGGGUGGUGGUCACAGGCGCCUACGAACACUGACAGGCACUGCUAUCCGGAGCACAAGGAGUACCAGUACAGUCAAUGCCUAAAGACUCUGCAGUCUUCGCCACAAUACUGGACGUCCUUCAGCAAUGCACGUCAGAAUGCCGUGGUCAUGUGCCAAGCCAGCAGGGACGCUAUCGAGCGCGAGAACCACCUCGAUAUCUUCAAAAACUGGACCCAAGUCAUGAGUGCUGUGUCUUCCAGCAUCCAGCAUACCGCUGAGGAGUACACAUCUCUGCUGCAGGAGCAGAAGCAGUUCGUGGACAAGCUCCGCGAGGCUCAGAGCCAAUUCGAGAAGGAUGCGUCGGCAGUGCAGGACAGGGCUCUGGCGACGGCGGGCAACCUAGACGACAAGUUUCACACCUUCAUCGAAACCUCUAUUUCGGAGCUCAUCACCGCGCUUGCAACUGGCCAGAGCGCAGAGAUCGCCCGAGUACGUGAAGAACUGCAAGUAUUCUCACAAGACAUGAUCGCCGAGAACUCUCAGCUCGCGAAGUCCCUGACGACCGAGCUGCAACAACAUCACGAUCGAGCCAUCAUCAGUCUUCAGAUCAAUCACCAAGCUCAGGUGGAGAGUCACGAGGUUCUUUCUGGCUACAUGGGCGACAUCACGACUGCCGCCACAAAGAUCAAUGAGACUGCAGACGCCUCUUUGACGAAGAUUGGCAAUAUCGAACAUCGACUAGACAAUUUAUCAAGCAAAGCCGAGCACAUUGCUCGAGGAUUCGCCUUCUUCAGCAGUCUACCGCAGCUUAUCACUUCUCUAAUCCGCGGUCUCGUUGCCACAGUCGGGGCUUUGUUCAUCUUCAUCGUGCUCUACCACUUCAGCAGACGGCUUGCAUCAUACACUGCUGGCGCCUGUAGUGCGGCAUAUCUGCUGCAUUUGUGCGGUGUCUAUGAGUUCAUAGCCCACUUGCCGACUAGCAUCUCAGGGUCUGACAGCCCACUUCCUUUCAACAACCGCAUCGACAACCUCAACGCCACUCAGAAAGGCGUGGGUGUCGUUAUGGUACUUUGGCUCGCUACUUAUCCUGUCUCUUGCGUCAGCAACAUCAUCAACACCCUGUUCCUACGCAUCAUCAGCUCCUACUGGGUCAGGCAAUACAGCAACGAUGGGGGCAGAGGACUACUUCCAAGCAUCGAGAUUCCACGCGCAAUCCUGCCUCGCAGGCUCGACAAUCUCGAAAAGCACAUCUGGACCGGCCAUCACCACAGGCCCGGUCAAGACGCAUCGCACGCAGUGGCGCCAAGGUGA